AUGUCGUCGUCCGGUGGAGAUGUACGAUUUGCCCACACCGUCUUUGCCGUUCGUGAAGAUAAAGAUGGACGACAGCCCGAAUUUCUUGACCAGCCCUUCAAACUCAAUGCUGUCUAUCACUCGUCCACAUCCAUUCUUUUCCGCCUUAGCGUAGCCAUUACCGACAAUGCCUUCAACAAAAUCACCAUUUAUUUACAGAUCACUCCCGACCGCAUCGCAUCACUGCGUCAUACAACCUGCGAUACAACCGACACGAGUAACGACAGGCCGCCUUGCCUCGAACGUGUCCGCCAGCGACUGGGCGCUAAGCGCCUUAUGACUCGCCUCCAGCUCCGGCUGCACAGCGGCCUUUAUGCCCAGCUUAUUGCGCCGACUGGUUUCACUCUCGACGAGAUUCCCGAAAGCCCCGUGCGGCAUCCCUUUGCAUCCGCUGCGUCGCUUGCGACCGCUUCGAUAUUCUCCCUCUACGUCCCGCACAAUGUCUUGCCGAUGACCAAGAUUCAUGCUUUCGUCCAGGCUGUUCAGCAAUUUCCGAAUCUGACCGCAGCCCAGCGUCAGUUAUACGAGCGUAGGGUGGAUCUGCGCCGGCUCUAUAAUGGCAAAGGUGGCAUCGUGUUGACACCCCAGGAGGUCCAAAGUGGUAGCCUACUGCGCGACAGAGAACAUAGCAGAGCUACAACACCAGCAACGUCCGAGUCGUGUGCUUCCACCGUUCCGUUUGACGCUGUUCCGCGGUACCAAGAGACACCGCCGCAGUAUGAAGAACGCAUAAACGAUGGUCAGCAGCCACAGGCCAGCCUUGCCGCUGCAGCUUUCGUCAAAGAACUUCUUGGCUGCGAUAAUGCCCUGCCGGAAUACAGCGACACCGAACAGAAGCACAAUGUACCUAAUGCUUCUAAACGAUGGCUGCACUGCGGCAGCGAAGAUAUUGAUUUAAAUCCAAGAAGUAAAAGAACGUGUUCCGAGCGUUCAUUUACUUCUAUCUACACAACUCCGAGCAACGCCCACUGCCUAGAGGAAAAGCCCCAACCUCAACAUGUAGAUCCGGAGUGCUCCCAGAGCGGCUUGAUGUUUCUGCUGAAACAGCAAUGCCAACAGAUCGAACGGCUACAAGCAGAUAUCGAGGAACUUAAGAGGCGAAACAAAGAGCUGCAGGUACGGCAUGACGAGGCAGAGGAUAACUGCUGUAAACUAGAGAACCGUCAAAGUGAAAUUGAGGAGACUGUUGAGUCUUUGCUCAUUCAUACCGGCGAACUGGACGACGAGUGCGAGAAGCUCGGGAAACAGAUGCCAGAUAUAUGUGAUGAUAUGGAGGACUGGGUCAAGGAUAACCUGGGAAACGCAAUGAAAGAGCAUGUGAGCAAAUGGCUUGAAGAGAAUAUGGCGGAAACCGUAAAUGGAUAUAUUGAUAAAAGAGUUGCGGCCAAGAUAACUCACAUGAAGGCGAAGAUGCGCAAAGCGCUCCAAGAUUAG